CACAUGUCCUGCUGCUGAGAAGUGGACGUGCAUAAGGAACCAGCAUGGCACCUAUCGGACUAAAAGCCGUCGUAGGAGAGAAGAUAAUGAAUGGUGUCAUCAAGAAGGCAAGAGAAAAAGGAAAAUGGAAAGUGCUUGUUGUGGACAAGCUGAGCAUGAGGAUGAUUUCCUCAUGUUGUAAGAUGACAGACAUCAUGUCCGAGGGAAUCACCAUUGUAGAAGACAUAAGCAAGUGCCGGGAACCUCUUCCAACAAUGGAGGCCAUCUAUCUGAUAAGACCCUCAAAUGAGUGUGUUGAGGGUCUGAUUGAUGACUUCAGAGAUCCCCGGUGUCCGAGGUAUAGAGCAGCACACGUCUUCUUCACUGACACAAUUCCAGAGUCCUUGUUUGGCCUCUUGACCAAAUCUCGAGCUUCGAAAGCCAUGAAGGCCUUGACAGAGAUCCAUGUCGCCUUUCUGCCCUACGAAUCUCAAGUCUUUUCCCUGGAUAAAGUGGAUGCCUUUCAGGACUUUUACAGCCCCUUCAAAGCUGAUGUAAAAAACAACAUGCUUGAGGGUUGUGCUGAACAGAUUGCCACUCUAUGCGCUACUCUUAAAGAAUAUCCUGGAAUUCGAUACAGAGGGGAGUACAAAGACUGUGUUGUUCUGGCCCAGAUGCUUCAAGACAAGCUGGAUAGCUACAAGGCUGAUGACCCCAGUAUGGGAGAGGGCCCAGAUAAGUGCCGUAGUCAACUAAUCAUCCUGGACCGAGGAUUUGAUCCAGUGUCACCUCUUCUACAUGAGCUCACGCUGCAGGCAAUGGCCUAUGACCUGCUUGACGUUGAGAAUGAUGUCUACAAGUUUGAGACCAGUGGAAUGGGGGAGACUAGGACAAAAGAGGUAUUGCUGGAUGAGGAUGAUGAUCUAUGGUUGACACUGAGACACAAACACAUUGCUGAAGUUUCAACGGCUGUAACUCGUUCUCUAAAAGAAUUUUCUGCCAGCAAAAAAAUGAACACUGGAGAAAAGACCACAAUGAAGGAAUUGUCGCAGAUGCUGAAAAAAAUGCCUCAGUAUCAAAAAGAACUAAGCAAGUAUUCCACCCAUCUGCACCUGGCUGAGGAUUGUAUGAACCGCUACCAGGGGACUGUUGACAAGCUCUGUCGUGUAGAACAGGACCUGGCAAUGGCCACAGAUGCAGAGGGAGAGAAGAUUAAGGAUCCUAUGAGGCUUAUUGUCCCUAUCCUACUGGAUGCCAACGUCAGUAUCUCUGAUAAGAUACGCAUAAUACUGCUUUACAUCUUCCUCAAGAAUGGCGUGACUGAAGAAAACUUGUGCAAGUUGCUGCAGCAUGCCAACAUCCCACCUGAGGACAGUGACAUAAUUUCCAACAUGGCCCACAUGGGUGUGCCUAUUGUCUCUGAGGGCCCUGCCAAGAAAACCAAAAAGCCUGACCGUAAAGAACGAGUCAGUGAGCAGACCUACCAACUCUCAAGAUGGACUCCGCUUGUCAAGGAUCUCAUUGAGGAUGCCAUUGAAGAUAAACUUGACAUCAAGCAAUACCCAUAUAUUUCCCAGAGACAAGCAGCAGCCAAAGCCAGUGCUCCAUCAAGCAGUGCUCGCUAUGGUAACUGGCACAAAAACCGAGGUCCCACAGAGGUGAAGACUGGGCCAAGGAUCAUUGUCUUCAUUAUUGGAGGCAUGACCUACAGUGAGAUGCGCUGUGUUUAUGAAGUCACCCAAGCAAAUGGCAAAUGGGAGGCCCUGAUUGGUUCCACCCACAUCCUUACCCCUCCCAAGUACAUGAAAGAACUACAGCACCCAGAUUUCCUUGAUCCCAAUGCAGUACCCGAGGGCACUGAGGAGCCAUCAGCUGAGUGAUGUUUCAAAGAAGGGAGACGCAAUCUAGAAUACCCAAGGGUAAAUGAUUACUCGUGUUACGCAUGUGUGGAUUGUCCUGUCUAAUUAUGUUUAAACUGAGGUACGUGCCGAACCAUGAUUUAGGCGUACGGAUACAUAGUAAUUUGGAACUUUUUUUUUUUUAUCUGAGCGUGAAAUAGAAAGUUUGAAAUACUAAGCAAUAUUUUGGGGGGGUUAAAGUUCCCUAGCAAAAAUAAAUACAGGCAUGCAAUAAAAUAAAAUGACAUAAUGUUAAUGUUAAUGUAAUGCUGAUUUAAAGAGGAACUGCACUUUUUUGGAAUUUUGCCAUUGACAAUCCUUAUGUAAGACAAGCACGCAUAUAUUUUUCUGUUUUGUAUGCAUUCUAACUAGUAAAUAAAUGUGAUCAGAAGUCCGCUUACAAUGGAGCCUAUGGGAGUCGCUCUAUUCUGCCUUUGAAGCGCUUAAAAAAUAUCCAUCCACUUCCAUCAAGGUUUUAUGCACACACUGUAAGUACAGUAUAUAUGUAAUGAAGUAACAGGCACAUUCAUAAAAACAUGUAAUAUUUAUAUAUUUUGCUCAUUUUCGGCAUACGGCGGCGGAUUCAUUUAAUAAUCGCAUCACAACGUUUGCUAUUUCCUACGACAACGUCACUGACACAUCAUGAGAGCCAACAAACAUAAUAAAACAUCACUUAUAUUGUCUGCUCUUAGUGGGAUGCCGACUGUUAGGAUGUUGAUAUAUAUGCGUUUAGAUGACAAACGGGAUCAAACCAAGCAUCUUUUCGGGUCUUUUUCGGGUCUAAAUUGGCUGUCAAAGUUGACCAAUUUCUCGGAGUAUGUCCUCCUCUCACUAUACAGGUGAGGCAUGAUUUAUGAUAUUGAAUAAACUUUCACAAGUUCCGAGGCGAGGAAGCAGCUCACCAGCUGAUGACGUCAAUAUAGCAGCAUAAGGAAGCUCCCUCUCUCUGUGACAAUGCGCCGCUAAAAAAUAGGUCCUGAACGUUUGCACUUAUAAUAACAGUAUUGCUAAUACUUGGUUAAUAUUCAGGUCAGGAAAUGUAAAUGGAGUAUUGAUGGUGGUUUUGGAUAAUUAUUUAGAGGGCUUUAUGGCCGCAAAGGAGAACCUCCUAUUGACUCAAUGUAAGCAAGCUUUUAUUUCCGAGUUAGAAUGCAUUAAAAACUAAACAAAUAUGUUCUUGUCUCUUAUAAAGGUUGUGAAAUUAUAGGCAAAAUACAAUUUAAAAAAGUGCAGUUCCAUCCAUUCCUGCUGUCGUGUUUGAUUCCUCUGUGUGACUUGAUGUUGUCAGGUGCAAAACAGUCCGUACUCAUUUGAAUGGUCAACAUUAAAAAAAUCUACUAUAGUUGUGAACCCCCUAUACCAGGGGUCCCCAAACUACGUCCGCGGGCCGGAUCCGGCCCCCCAGCAUCCAAAAUUUGUAAUUUAAUUUUUAAUUUUUUUAAUUUAUUUUUAUUUUUAAUUUUUUUUUUGUAAUCCAUUUUCUACCGCUUGUUACUCUCGGUGUCUCCUAGCCGCUCAGGCAAAUCAUAUUGUCUACAAAUAAAUGUUCCCAUCAAUAAUGUGACAAUGUUAAAUGUUGAUGAACAUCAAUGUUAAUUGAUGUUAAAUGACAAAACGGAUUAACUCGCUGGAAUAUAAAGACAAUGUAUAUAUAUAUAUAUA